AUGUCUGAAUUACUUGAUCUUAUUCCACAAAAGAAAAAGUUAUUAUGCCAAGUCCCAAUUAUGAAUUGGGAUAAAGUGAUGGAAUUAGUUAAACAAUAUCAUACUGUAGUCUUACCUGCUUUCUACAAAAGAUUUGAUGUACAAUUCCAAUCAGCUAAAGAUUAUAUUGACCAAUCUAAUUCUCAAGAAGAAGAAGCAAAAAAUGUUACUACUAUUAAAUUGGAAAUGAUAUAUCCUGGAAAUCCAAUAAUUGAUAAUGUAGAGGAAUGUCUUUCUAUUGAAUUAAUUCAUGAUAUUGAUCUUUUAAAUUGGCUAGUUAGUGAUAUUGAUGCUGAAAUUACAAUUACAAAAGUAGAAAGUAUAAAUAAUGUUAUCACUAUUUAUGGCUCUAUAAUUGCAAAGAAAUAUGGUACUGAUAUUGAUUUUACUAUUCAUUAUUCUAGAAUGAAAGAAGGAGAAUGUAAACAACAAGUUAUCCUUAAUGACCAAGUUUAUGGUUAUGUAUUUCCAAUUAAGAAAAAUGAUGGCUCUGAAUAUUGGACAUGUUUUGGUACUGCUUAUAAAGAAAUGUGUAAUUACUUUGACUCUAUUCCACCAGAAUCAUCAGAUGGAGAUAUGAGAAUUAUACCAUUUAUCAGAACUAUGAAAUUAGUUAGUGAUGCUAUUGAUCUUUCUUUUGAUGAUGAUUUCAUUGAACGAUUUAAUGCUAAACAUAAUUCAACAUUACCAUUAGACAAACAUAUUUAUAAAGUAUUUAGUGGUAAUAUUAUUACUUGUAAAGAUGGACUUCUUAAACCAUUACAAAACUCAACAGAACCAAAGGUUCUUAAAUUCCUUCAAGACACAGAAUUAAAAAAAUUUCUUCCAGAAUAUCAUGGUAAAGUUGAAAUUAAUGAUACUGUUUUUAUUUCUAUGGGAGAUUUAACACAAGGAUAUACUAAUCCAAAAGUUCUUGACAUUAAACUUGGACAAACAUGUACUAUUAGUAAAAUGGAACAACAACCAUUUGGAUUUAAAGUUAUUGGAAGUAUUUCUGAUCCAAAGAAAACUUGUUUUUCAUGGGAUGAUUUAUAUAGUGCAGUUAAAAAAUAUUUAAAAGAUAAUAAAGAAAAUUUCUGUAGAUAUGAAGUCCUUCCUUCUUUAAUUAAACAACUUAAUGAACUUCUUAGUAUUGCUACUACCUUUACUGGAGUACAAUUUAAACAAGUUUCAUUAAUGCUUAUCUACGAUGCAAUUGAUAAUGCCUCACAAAAACCAACAAUUCAUCUUCUUGAUUUCCAAAAGAGUAUUAUUGAUGAUAAAGCGGGAGUUGAUCAUUAUUUCUGUUUUGGUAUUUCAUCAUUAAUUAAAUUAUUACAAUCUGUUCAUAAUUAUUAUACAUCUAGACAUUGUGUUUUCCUUUGUAGGCAUGGAUUUAGAUUAGAUUAUACUGAUCUUAGUUGGGUUCCAAAUGCUAAAUAUCCACAUGACCCUCCUUUGUCCACAGAAGGAAUUCAACAAGCCAAAGAUUUAGCUAAACGUUUAAAACAUGAGAAUUUAGAUAUUAUUAUAAGUUCUCCAUUCUAUAGAGCAACUCAGACAGCUAAAUUUAUUGCUGAAGAAUUAGGAAUUAAAUAUGUUGUUGAACCAGCAUUUGGUGAAUUUCUUUCAAUUAAUAAUCGUAAAGCUGUUCCUGAUCUUGACCCAACUCCAUUAGAAGAAGACAAUGCAAUGGAUAGAAGUUUUACUCCUUUAGGAGGAGUUCUUUCUUUAGAAACUUGGGAUUCUAUGCAAGAACGUGUUCAUACUAGUUUAAAUGCAAUAACAAAAAAAUAUCAUCGUGUGGCUAUCGUAUCUCAUCGUUCAACUUUCCAAGCUUUACUCUCAGUAAUUGUUGGGCAUAAAUUCAAGUAUCCACUUGAUUUUGCUUCUGUCACUUCAAUGGUUCCAGCUAAAGGAAGUGCUGGAUGGGUUAUUGAUAGAAUCAAUAUGUUCUCACAUCUCACCGUAUUUACUGAAAGUCCUUAUUAUAAUCCAAAUUAUGCUGCAAAGAAUUAUAAUGAUAUGAUUAUUGAUGAUAACGGUGCUGUCCAUGACUCAUAA